CUUCUUCAUUUCUUCAGUGUCAUUUUACCGUAAGCGGUUAUCAUCUGCAUCCCGACGCUCUUCAAACGAGGAUACUUCUUUGUUCAUUAUCAUGGCAACAAGAAGCGCUAUCAGAUUUGUGUCUCGCAGGUUCUCUAAUGGCAAAGUUCUUAGCGAAGAGGAAAAGGCUGCUGAGAAUGUUUUCAUCAAGAAAAUGGAGAAGGAGAAGCUUGAGAAGAUAGCUAGGCAGGGUCCGGGAGAACAAGCAGCAGGUUCAGCCAAGGCUAGUGGUGGUGGAGGAACAUCAUCAGCUGAAUCCACGGGACCUAAAGUGUCAGAAGACAAGGACAGGAACUAUGCGGUAGUGGCGGGUGUGGUGGCUGUCGUCGGUGCCAUUGGUUGGUACAUGAAAUCAGGCGGAAAGAAGCAGCAGCCAGAGGUUCAAGAGUGAAGAAAGGUAGUAGAAUGCUGGACUUUGGAGUGGCUUUACUAUAAUAAAGUAGAGAGUAGCUUACUCAUUCCUCUUGUAUGAGAAACCUUGGAAUUGCCUACUACUCUUUCUUUUGGUUUUGACCAAAUUUUCAGAAGAGAUUUUAAGUCUUUUAAAGUUUGCUGGCGUUUAGCUUCGGAA